AUGUCACACCUCCCACGCCAAGUCAAACCCCCAACUCCCUCUGCAAGCCCCUCCUCAUCCGACUGGUCUGCCCAGCUCGUAGCACAAGCCGAGAAAUCAUGGACCGUCUCAGGAACAUCCGUGCUCUCCGCGUGGACCAUGGCAUUUAUCGGAUCUCUACUAAUCAUCGCCUUCUUCUGCUGGCGGCGGCAUCGAGACCCCAUGGUCCAUCUCCCCCGAUACCUCUCGCUGAUCCACCGCGAGCCCGGCGUGGCGCCCAAGCGCGAAAAGGGGGAGUGGCACCCGUAUGUCCCUUCUUCGAACCCCGCCAGCCUUCCCGAAUCGCGCGCAGAAGAAGAGAGGGCGCACGCGAGGAUCAAAAUGCGAGAGGAGGAAGAAGAGGCUGAGCGGCUGGCAGCGAAGAAGUGGGGUCUAGGGGAGAAGAGCGAGGAAGUCAAAGUGGAGGUGGUGAGGAAGAUCAAGGGGAUGGAACUGCACGAAGCAGCGUUGGCGUGGUUGAGGCCUGCGUGGCGGGAUUUCCGGGUCGAAUUGAACGUUUUCAAUAGAAAAGCAGCGGCCGAGAGGGACAGGCAACAACUAAUCAGCCUCGGUCUCGACGCCUUCACAUUCCUCGAGUUCCUCCGCCUCCUCCGCUGGCUCUUCGCCCUCGUGACAGUCUUUGUCGCCCUCCCCUUACUAUGCGCCAACUACUUUAUCAACACCCGCACCGAGUGGGGUUCCGCGCGAGAUACGCUCAAUACGGGGAGUGGGACGAGUGGGAAUCUGACGACCGCGUUAGGGGAUCUGCAGCUGUUUACGGCGGCGAAUAUUACGGGGAAUGCGUGGUGGGUGCAUAUCAGUGCGGAGUUUGUGGUGACGAUGAUUGUGGUGAUGCAGGUGUUCAUCUACUCUCGGAGGCACGAGCGCGCCAUUGAGAUCUGGAGUGACAUGAACGCCCGCGAAGUGGCAUUCAAGACCAUCCUCAUCACAGGUCUCAACAUCCCCGCCAAGCUCAAAAAAUCCGACCGACUCACCGUCCUCGACGCCAAGAGGCGCAUCAAGCUCACGAUAGCCUGUCCGCCCGAGGAACAAGUCGAGAUCACGAUCAAACAGGAAAAGAUGAAUGAGUUGGCGGAGGCAAUCAAGAGGUGGAAUGAGGUCGAGAGGAAACGGGUCAUGGAGCGGUUACAACCCUGGGCGGACGGGCGGAUCGCAAAGGGUAAGACGAGCGGUGGGGGUGGGGGUGGGUGUUGGGGCUGGUUGAAGGGGGAGGGGUAUAAGUCCGACGAGCAGAUAGUAAAAGAAGCUUUCCGGAUACAGAUCGCGCGGCAAAAGGAACAGCGCCGACGCCGGGAGAAGGAGGAUACCUCCCUCGUUCAGGCAGACAUCACUGCAGCUUUCGUUACUUGGCCGACGGCUAAAGCCGCGCACAAGAAGCUACAAGAGCUGCAUCAGCUGAAGGACAAGAAGUUCAAGGCUGAAAGAUGUCCUCGGAGUGUCUGCGUGCUCUGGCGAAACCUAGAGAAAGACCCCUCCACCAUCGCCUCGCAGCGCAUCACAGGCGCCAUCGUCCGGUGGACCAUAACCGCCCUAAACUCCAUCCCCGUGAUGUUUAUCACCAUACUGACCAAUCUUGACGCUUACAUCGACGGCAACCCGAAACUCCGAACCAUGCGCGAAACCUCCUCCUUCUGGAACGCAGUCUUCACCGCCGCCGCGGGAGUCAUCCCCGCCUCACUCGCUGCGCUGUUCAUCAUGGCUUUGCCUAUCAUCUUGCGCGCGCUAAGUCGGUUCCAGGGCGCCUUGAGCAGAGGUCAGCUGGAUAAGGAUGUUAUCAGGCAGAUGUUCGUUUUCUUGCUGCUGUCCAAAUUCGUUGUCUUCUCCCUCAUGAGUAUAGGAUACGAGACGUACCUGAACAUCGAGGGUCAAAUCGGGAAAGAAGACGUCCGAACGAUCUUUGCCAGCCUCGGCGACGUGCCCGCCAAGAUCACGAAGGCGUACAUCUCGCAAAGCUCGUACUGGCUGUCCUUCUUUCCUAUCAAGUGCGCGGUGGUGUGUCUCCAGCUCACCCAGCUCCCGCGGUAUUUCCUGAAAGCUUGGGACUUCUAUGUAGUCCGCGAGGCAAAUACCAGAGACCGGUUAGAGGUAGCUGCGCAACCCGCGGAGUUUGAGUAUGGUAUGUCAUGCCGCACGCAUCACGUCAGGACAAAGAUGGACCAUGCUAACCUAGAUCCAUCAGCCAUCGAAUACACCAACAUCCUAUUCGGUCUCGUCGUCGCCCUGGUCUACACCCCGCUCGCGCCCAUCGUGUCUAUCUGCGGCGCCAUGUACUUCUGGACGGCUUCUAUCGUCUAUCAAAACCAGCUCACCUUUGUCGAAGAAACGGUCGAGACGGACGGUAAAGUCUGGAAAGUCGUCAUGAACCGUCUUCUUGUCGCUUUGAGCUUCAUGCAGGCUCUGAUGACACUGACCGUCCUCCUCAAGACCCAACCUUUCGCAGAUUCCAAACUCCCCCUCGCGCCUCGUCUUCUACCCACAAUCUUCGCCUUCCUUCCUCUCCUCAUCACCCUCCUUCUGGCGCGCCACGUCCGGGCCCGUCGUACCGCCGCGCAAAUCAUUUCAGACCGCUCCACUUCCGCUCCCUCCGCCUCCGUGGCCCGCGCGCCAAAAUUCGAGCUCGAUAUUCUUCGUUCGGACGCCAUCAAGCCCAUCAAGAUCUUCGAGCACCAGGAGGACUUGUUUGUGGAGUUGAGUAGGAAGAAGGGGAUGGAGGGGCUGCGGAGGUUGAUGCCGCAGAUAGGAUGGCGGAUUAGGGAGCAGAAGAUGGAGGCGUGGGGAGAGAAGGGGAUUCAGAGGGGGGAUGAGAGGGAGAGGAAGAAGAUGGGCGAGAGAGAGGCGGAGAGGGAGAGGCAGAAGAGGAGGGUGAGGGAGAGGAGGGAGGCUAAGGGGAGGAAAGUAGAAAAAGGCGGGAAGAGAGGGAAGGGAGGGUCCGAGAGGGGGAGAGGGUAUCGGCGACGAAGAUAG